CUGCUCAGCGUCUGCCUCAGACAAGAGGAACAGCUUCAGCUGCUGCUUCAGUACGCCGAGCGCACAAUAGCCACACGAACACAACGGGAUCUAUACACGCUCGAUAAACGCUCGGUCGUGGCACUUGGAUUAUUACCGCUUCAUAUUUUUCUGUAUUGUGGUAUAGCCUACUAAUGCUGAUCGGACACCUUAUUGAUCACCAAACGCUAGCGCCAUGAGCGGGGUUCUCAAGAGGAAGUACGAGGAGGUGGAGGAGGACCCAUGCUACUCUUCCUCCUCCCCUUCCUCUCUCUCCUCCUCCGCCUACUCCGAAUGGGACUCGGAUGGGGAGAGCUGCUACUCCGACACCCUGGAUUCAACCCCCAGCAACCCCAGCUCCCCUGCAACGUCCUUAAACACCACAUCUAUCCUGAAGAAAGCCAAGCGCACACGGCGAGGCAACGUGCAGUUUGACCAGGUCACGGUGUUCUUCUUCCCUCGCUGCCAGGGCUUCACCAGUGUGCCCAGCCGGGGAGGUUGCACCCUUGGCAUGGUGCAGAGACACAGCGCACAGCGCCGCUACACGUUAGCCGAGUUUGCCAUAGCACAGCGCCACCUACGGCGAGAGAAACUCAAAAACCGAAUGAGGGAGGAGAAACUGGAAGCUCUUAAGCUAAAGCUUACCAAAAAUGGUACCCAAGUGUCCGAAGAGGCUGAAAGGUUGACUGUCGAUGACAUCCCCGAAGAUGAAAUCGACCUCAGUGGAGUGAAUUUGGAUGAUGGCUCCUUCCUGCAUCCUUACCCAUCUAAGAGAAGGCAUGCCAUCCUCAAAGCCGCCGGCAUGAAAAAAAUCGAUAAAGAGGAGAAGCGUCAACUGCAUGAGCUGCGUACAUCGAGAGAAGACUGCGGAUGCGACUGCCAGGGCUUCUGCGAGCCGGAGAGCUGCAGCUGUAGUUUGGCUGGGAUCAAAUGUCAGAUGGACCACUCGUCCUUUCCAUGCGGCUGCACUAAAGACGGCUGUGGAAACACGCAGGGCCGCAUCGAGUUCAACUCCAGCCGAGUUCAGACCCACUACAUCCACACCAUCAUGAAACUGGAGCUUGAGAAGCGUUUGGAGGAGCACACGCCAGAGAGCGAGUCGCCUGAGAAUCAGCCAGACUGCAGUUCCCCGAGCCGUCCAGCAGAGAGCAGCACCACGCCAGAGACGCCCACAUUUCACUUCAGCUCGGAGCUAGUGGCUGCGGGAGAGAACAGCUGCAGCAGCGACAUGACCGAUUCAUCUAGCUCUUCAGGCCAGAGCUACGACUCCGAAUCCGCCGGGAACGCUCAGAGCGAGCAGUCGCCUCUAGACGUCGACGAAAAUGGACUUACGAGAAUCCUAAGCUUUAGUGACGCGGACAAUGAGGACUGUUCUGUCAGGGAGUGUAACAACAACUGCGACUACCAGCAGAAAAAGAGCGAGGCGAUGGGCUACGGCAUCUUCAGCGCGGCGGACGACAAGCUCGGCACGUCACAGACGGACAACAGCCGCACGGCCAUGUCUGAGCUCUUAGACGAGAAUGCAAAUCAAGGUAUCGCUCUGUUCCACAAUGGCUCUGUCCCUCACACGCCCUCACCAUCCAUCGAUCACUCCGCCAGCUACAUGGACCUGAGCCUGUCAUCCGAGUCGGACCUGGAGUUCUUCGACGGCUUUCCUUGUCUGGGACCGAGCUCGCUGUACAACUCCCUGAAGGAGUACGAGCACAUGGACAACUUCUUUCAGUUCCAGUUGCCUACUUACCCUAGCCUUCCGCAGGCGGCCGACCCGGGAACUUGUCUCCUGGAGUCUCUGAUCGGCUUGUCAGAUUCUGUCCCAGAACCUCCGGCCACCUUCACGGACAAUCAAAUGCUAGAAGACGCCAUGAAGCUGUCAGUGAUGGAGUCUGUAAAAGUCUAAUGGGGGCUCUUGUAUGAUCACUGUACAAAUUAACUAUGGGAUUGUAAAUGAAUGCCAUUUUGUUUUUUUAUUUUAUUUUAUGAAUGGAGACCCUCCAUCCCAGGAUAUCAAUAUUUGCAUUAUCUGCCUUUAUGAUGUUAGCGAAGCAUUAAGUUAUUGUAACAAUCUUUAUUAUCAUUAUUGCCAUCGCAGUGGCAGCUAACAUUUCAGUUCAAAAACAAGUCUGGCCGACUGAUUUUUGAAUACUUGUACAUAUGGCCAGGAAGGUGAAGAACUUCUCACCCACAUUGGUGGUAUUAUCAUCAACAUUUACCAUUAUUAUUAUUAUUAUUAUUGCUAAGGUUAUUUAUAUGAAUUGAGAAGGGGCACCAAUGGGAGUCAUAAUGCUGAUUAUGUAUCUCAGGGACUUUUUCUAGCUUUCAGAAGCAAUGCAUUUUGACCAUCGCUGUUGUUAUUUGGCGUUUUUCGGAGAAUUUCCACCUAAACAAACAGCAUUUAAAUGGCCUCUUUUGGAGGGCCUUCUGUCUCGGUCGCUUUUUCGACUUGAGAUGGUGGUCUGUACCUUUGUUUGCAAAGCUAGAGGAAGGACUCCUGUUCCACAA